GUGGUGGGCGGGGCCCAGAGAUUGUUGUCGGAAGGGGCGGGGCAUAAUCAUAAGAGGUAAAUAAGGGCAAAGCUUUGUAAAUUCGGCCGCUCAGUCCUCCCCACACUCUCUCCGUGAUUAAGGGCAGAAAACGCGCCUGAUUUCCCUUCCGUUAGAUGAAUAGAGCGGCCGCUGUAACGGGAGGAGGGUCCGUGAGAGAAAUGAGUGAGAGAGAGAAAGGCUGGGUCGGUCCGUGUUGUCUGUAGGACGAGGUGUGUCCCGGGUGCAGGCGAUACCGUGUGAGUGAGUCCGUGUGAGUGAGCGGGAGAGCGGCACGUGAGUGUGUGAGGCGGGAGGCGUGUAGGACAGUGUGAGGUACCAGUGAGAUGUGUGCGGGGCGCGCGGCCCGAGGAGGCCGUUGAUUGGCUGAGAGGAGAGCGCGCGUUCCUGUGUUGUGUCGGGAGCGCGCCCAGUGCAUCUCCAUCCUCCGCCCGGCCGGGCACGUCCUGGAUCCGCGAGCAGCGGGCUGUCCCCUCGGGAUCUUCUCCUCUCUGCUCCUCCCGCCCCGGGGACACGCCCACACACGGACUGGCCCGGGAACAUGGCGGAGAGGCUGGAAUGGGUGGAGAUCAUAGAGCCUCGCACGCGGGAGUGUAUGUACGCCAACCUCAUCACUGGAGAAUGUGUUUGGGACCCCCCGCCGGGAGUCCGGAUAAAAAGGACCAAUGAAAACCAGUGGUGGGAGCUGUUUGACCCAAACACGUCUCGGUUCUACUAUUACAAUGCCAGCACUCAGAGGACUGUGUGGCACCGGCCGCAGAACUGUGACAUUAUCCCUCUGGCCAAACUGCAGACCCUGAAACAGAACACGGAUUCCCCCCGAGCAUCGACAGAGAACAGCCCCGGGCGGGGCAGCAAUAUUAGCAGGGAGGGCAGCACGAGCUCCUCUCUGGAGCAAGAAGUGGAGGGCGGAGGAGAGAGAUGCCCAGAUCAGGCCAAAGCCAAUCGCCAUUCAGCGCCAUACUUUGUGGUGAAAGAGGAGACAGACCGGACAUCAUCGCUGAGGUGGAAUUCGGGGACCAAAGAAAGAAUGUUGAUUAAAGUGACAGACCGUGAGCCCAGUUUCCUGAUGCAACAAGGCAAUGGCUACACUAUAGACAACCCACAAGGGACCCGUUCCAGGAAGGUCUCAGGAGGGCAGCCGUCUCCCAUUAUCCACACCUUCUCUGCUGAUUCGGAUAAUACCGUCUUCUUCCCUGAGAGGAAGCCCUCGCCGUAUAUGAAAAGGGCGGAUCAUGUUGGGGGCUGCUCUCCUUUACUUGGAAGAGGGGAUUCUUUCUGUUCCCUACAGUCCCAGCAUAGAAAGCACUCCAGUGAGUCUCAGCCUUCUUCUCCCCGUUACGCCUAUGAGCCUCCGCUUUAUGAAGAACCUCCCAUGGAAUACCAGUCGCCAUUGUAUGAUGAGCCCCCGAUGGAGAUGCAGUAUGAUGCCAGUGGGAAUUACAGAGUCAUGUCCCCACAGAAGUCACCUAUUCGCAAGCCACAUACAUAUCUGCAGUCUCCCAAGCAAUCUUCCAACUCUCCCUACCAGCAACUAGUCCUGACCAAACAGAAAUGCUCGGACAGGUUUAUGAGCCUGGAUUAUAGCCCUGCUGGAAAGGAAUAUGUGAGGCAACUUGUCUAUGUGGAACAGUCUGGCUCAAGCCCAAAGAUGAAAACAAGUGUAAGACAUAAAUACACCCCAAAUACAAUGGGGGGCUCUUACUCCCUGCAGCACAACCCUCCCUAUAUGAGGGAGCAGCGACUAGAGGUGAAAUCUGGAGAUUACAGUAGCAUGGAAGGUUCUGAUGUGCGACACAACCAGCCACAACAUCAUGGAGACGAUUCCAUGUCUUGGUCCAGUCAGCAGGACACCAUGUCUUCCACUGGAUACUCCCCAAACACAAGGAAAAGGAAAAGCAGAAAACCUUCAUUGCCCUCGGAACCCAAUACCGUUCCUUGUGAAGUGUCUGGAGAAAGGGAGACAUAUAGUGAGCAAGGAAUGGCUGAAGAAAGACCUUCAUCCAUGCCCAACAGACCUUUGAUGUGUAGGACAGAGAGCAGGUCAUCAGAAUCAGACAUGUGCCGCAAUUCCCCGGAAGCUUUCCUGGCCCAAGCCAGAUUAGCCUGGGAAGCUCAGCAAGCCCAUUUCCACAUGAAACAGAGGAGCAGCUGGGACUCACAGAAAGAUGGCUCUGGCUAUGAGAGUGAUGGUGCCGUGCCUUUGCCCAUGCCAGGCCCUGUUGUUAGAGCAUUCAGUGAGGACGAGGCACUUGCACAACAGGACAGCAAACACUGGAAGAGGAGUAACUUUGAGAAGCUGGGGUUCCCUCAGAUACUACUGGAGAAAAGUGUGUCAGUUCAGACCAACCUGGCAUCUCCUGAGCCAUAUUUGCACCCCUCUCAGUCUGAAGACCUUGGUGCCUGUGCUCAGUUUGAGAACAGCCGGCACAAUCGGAACAUGAUGCCAAGUUCUAGCUGUGUCUUCCCCACCUUCACCCUGAGGAAGCCUUCUUCUGAGACGGACAUUGAGAACUGGGCUUCAAAGCAUUUCAACAAACACACCCAGGGGCUCUUCCGACGGAAAGUAUCCAUUGCCAACAUGUUGUCGUGGAGCAGCGAGUCCAUCAAGAAGCCCAUGAUCAUGACCUCAGACCGUAAUGUGAAAAAGGAGGCCUGUGAGAUCUUUAAACUCAUCCAGAUGUAUAUGGGCGACCGGAGGUCCAAGUCCGACCAACUGAGCGUGGGGCUAGAGAUUGCCACCAAGGGCUGGAGCAUGCAGGGUCUGAGGGACGAGCUCUAUAUCCAGCUGUGCCGGCAGACCACCGAGAACUUUCGUUACGAGAGUCUGGCUCUGGGCUGGGAAUUAAUAACUAUUUGUCUGGCCUUUUUCCCUCCUACCCCCAAAUUUCACUCUUACCUGGAAGGAUAUAUUUAUAGGCACAUGGAUCCAGUGAAUGACACUAAAGUGAAUCUGCACAUUAAAGAUCUUCUCGAAAGGAACAAUAAGAAGAAAUGCAAAGUCCGAAAGAAAUCCAAGUCUUAUAUUGAAGAGCAUGAUGGAGUGGCAAUAAGUAUGUAUGCCAAGUACUGUUACCACAAGCUCCAGAAAGCCGCCCUCAUGGGAGCCAAAAAGGGCCUGAAUAAGCCAAAUAUUGAAGAGAUCAAACACGCCAGGAAUGCAGUGUUCAGCCCCUCCAUGUUCAGCAGUGGCCUGCAGGAUAUCAUGAGUAUGCAGAGGGACAAGUACCCCGACCGACAGCUGCCCUGGGUACAAACCCGCCUCUCCGAGGAGGUCUUGGCACUAAAUGGGGACCAGACAGAAGGCAUUUUCAGGGUCCCCGGGGAUAUUGAUGAAGUAAAUGCCCUGAAGUUGCAAGUGGAUCACUGGAAAAUCCCUACGGGACUGGAGGAUCCUCACGUUCCUGCAUCUUUACUCAAGCUGUGGUACCGAGAGCUGGAGGAGCCGCUCAUCCCCCAUGAGUUCUAUGAACAGUGUAUCACUCACUAUGAGACCCCCGAGGCGGCAAUCUCUGUGGUCCACUCCCUCCCCAGACUGAACAAGAUGGUGCUCUGCUACCUCAUCCGCUUCUUACAGGUAUUUGUGCAACCUGCUAAUGUGACUGUCACAAAGAUGGACGUCAGCAAUCUGGCCAUGGUGAUGGCGCCUAACUGCCUGCGAUGCCAGUCCGACGACCCCCGCAUCAUCUUCGAGAACACGCGGAAAGAGAUGUCCUUCAUCCGAGUCCUUAUUCAGCACCUCGACACCAGCUUCAUGGAGGGCGUCCUAUAGCAAAGCAAAGACUUGGCACCCUGGGGCGAGGGCAUAGAGAGGAGGCGCUUACUCAUUGGCCAGUCUGGCCGCCCCCCACAUCUCAUCACUUGGUCACCCCCCAUGUUCCAUGUACAGUAGAGACCAUUGCUACAUCCACCAUCUGCCUUGCCAUUUUGUACAGAAAUCAUGGAGUGACUGCUGAACCAAUGGCCUUUCUGCUUUUACUGCUGUGGCAAUAACCACCGGGAACCCAACUGAUUGGACUUCCCACCACAACUUGGACCAAAGUUCAGCCAAUGAGAUGGAGGAGUAAUCUGAGGGGAGAAUGAUAGACAAAUGAUGCAUGAACGUCUCGUCAUCCAUCACAAAGACCUGGGAUGUAUGUGAGAGACUAUUAGUGGCACGUGCACUACUGGCCGGCUACUGAGUGGGACCAGUGAGUCCAGCAAGGAUUGGGCAACAAGAUCCUUUAGAAGAGCUUAAUACUGUGAGCGGUAGAACCAUUGUCCCUUUCUGCUACAUUAUUUGCCUUAGUGUUUCACGUGGGUGGUCCCGGCCUGUUGCCAGGGUAACAGUUCCGCAGAGAGCAUGUUCCCAAAAUAAUCAGUAACACUAACUGUCAGGCCCAAUUCAACCCGGUGCCACAUCAGUCUCUAUAGCAGGAGAAGCAAUAGAUUGAUGUCCGACAGAAACGUUCCCACAAUGGGGCACAAUAAUUGGCGAAUACAGAGGGGCCACGUUGGCACAUUCAUAGCUUUGCUAAAUCCAGGAUAUUUGUCACCCCCCCCCCCCCAUCAUUGUGACCUUGUACAAUCCCUUCCCUGGCAUUUCACUGAUGCCACGGCAAUGUCUGUGUUACGUGGCACUUUGUUUCCAUUCUAGGCAGCGGCCGCUUAUAUGUGGGUAUAUGUGUGUGCCAGGCGUGUAGGUAUGUAUAUGUGUGUGUUCUACUCUUCCCUGUACUGGUCCUGGGAUGUGGUACCCACAAUUCCUGAGCCCUCGGACUACUAAAUGAGUGACCCAGAAGCACCGCAGUCCCGACACAUUGGUCCCAAUCAGAGGGGGCACAAUGGCAGUGUUACAGCAGCUCUGCCAGAAAUGAAGGUUUGUUUCCAUAGUUACCUGCGGCAUAUGCCAUUGCUGUAUUCCAGAGCUUUCUGGAUAAUAGAUCCCUGCAUAUACAUGUACUGUGUAUAUAUAUAUAUAUAAUGAGCAGAACAUGGUCCCAGGCUGCAUGUUUGGGGCGGUACCACAGGCAAAAGAGAACAUUUGUUAUUUAUUUCUUUUUUCAGUAACUGUCAUAUGAUCCGUUCAUAGAGGGAUUAAAUAAUGUGACAAUAACUGCUGAUGGAGCUUCCAGUUUGUGGGCUGAAGCCAACACUUGUGCAUAGAGCUGGGAAGCUUCUUAUUCAUUAUUAGUAUUGGGGGGAUCACAUCCAGCAAAACUCCCAGGGGAUCCCAGCCCCCCUCGUGUGUAAAGCAGUGAGAUGGGACACAAAGUGUUGUCCAUUUAUUUUGUAUUAUUGUAAAGAGCUGCCACACCAACUGCCACAUACAGCAGCCUUACACAACUGCCAUUCUUGCACUCACAAGUAUCAUUAGAUACCUCCCCCCAAAGCUUCUCCAGUCCCCCCACAUGUUCUUGUAUGAGUUGGGAGGCUGCAGAGGAGGGCACCCAACAUUGCGGCUCAGAAAGAGGAGACAGAGAUAAUUAUAUAUCAGCAUCAGGGGCUGCGGCGCAGAAGGAGGAGCUUAUCAAGGUGUAGGAACAGGGAAGAAAUAUAAUGACAUUACUGGUGUCAG